AUGUCGAUAUCACACUCGUCGUCAUCAGCAGCAAUGCUGUCCACCGUCAUCGCUUGCUCAAUCGCAUCUCUCACCGUUGGAUACUUUAUCGGAAUGGGUCGCUCGCUCCUCUCGUACAACGCCAACACGCAACGCGUCCUUUCUGCUUCCGACGACGAAUCCGAUAUAGACUCGGAGGAUGAGCUCGCUGCCAUCUCUGACAACUACAAAGCUUCCGGUUCUGGCCUUGAGUCCGAAGAGUGCAAGAUGAUUCUUGCUGUUAGAAUGGAUAUCAAGAUGGAAAAGGGCAAGAUCGCAGCACAGUGUGGGCACGCUACGUUGGCAGCAUACAAAUUGGCCAAGAGGUUGACGCCCAAAUUUGUGAAGCAGUGGGAGAGAAGGGGUCAAGCUAAAGUGGCGGUGAAAUGCCCCGAUGAGGAAAAGAUGCUGGAGUUGGAAAAUAAGGCGGGCGAGUUGGGCAUUGCUGCUAGAAGUAUCAUUGAUGCUGGCCGCACGCAGAUCGCUCCCAAUACACGCACCGUACUCGGCCUCGGUCCAGCACCCGUAUCGCUAAUGAACCAGCUCACAGGUCACCUGAAGCUUCUUUAG